GUUGGGUUUUGGCAAGCGACCCAAAAAAUAGAAAAAUUGGGUUUUGGCUCUUUCCAGGUCGUCGGUAAGUCGUCGUCGUCGUCGUCGGAGACCAUGGCGGAAGAAGCGGUGGUGGUGGUUUUCGACUUCGACCGGACGUUGAUCGACGGCGACAGCGACAACUGGGUUGUCACGGAGAUGGGUCUGACCCAGUUGUUCCGUGAGCUCCGCUCCACCAUGCCCUGGAUUUCCCUCAUGAAUAGGAUGAUGAUGGAGCUCCAUUCAAAGGGCAAGACAGUUGAGGAUAUUGAGGAGUGCUUGAGGAGAAUGCCUCUUCAUCCUCGUGUUAUCGAAUCCAUUCGAGCAGCUCAUGGAUAUGGGUGCGACCUGAGGAUAAUUAGCGAUGCGAAUCAGUUCUUCAUAGAGACGAUCCUGAAGCGUCACGGGCUGUUGGGUUGUUUCUCUGAGAUCGUCACGAACCCGGCUUUCGUAGAUGCGGAAGGCAGGCUAAACAUUGUCCCUUUUCACGAUUCUGCCUCUUCUCCUCAUGGAUGCAACUUGUGUCCCUCCAAUAUGUGCAAGGGCCUGGUUCUGAAGAGGAUUCAAGCUGCUGAUUCUGAAUUCAUGAAGAGAAGAUAUGUAUAUCUCGGAGACGGGAGAGGCGAUUACUGUCCGUGCUUGAGGCUCGGAACACGAGACUUUGUAAUGCCGAGGAAGAGUUUCCCUCUCUGGAAUCUCAUUUUCAAUGACCAAAUGCUUAUUAAAGCCGUGAUCCAUGAAUGGAGCGACAGAGAAGAGCUCGCGGGGGUGCUUCUUGACAUUAUAGACAGGAUUCUAACGGAUGAAAAUACCAGGACGGGGCUCAUGGCCUUGCCUGAUAAUGGUGGUAAGACAACUCAAGUCUCUUACCCUUAAACAAUCUUCGCAGAACCAACCCAUUUGAUCACUAGGAACUUGGUGAGACAUGAAACUGAUUUUAACACCACGAUGCUGGCAAUAUUCAAUCAAACCGAUGAUUAUCUUUCUUUCUUUAUAA